CAAGACAGCUGUGUUCAAUCAGGAAUCACUUACAACUCCAGGCUGAAAAGGAGGGGGAAACUGUAGUGCGUAGUGCCGCUGAGAGGUCGGUGUCUCACUCGGCGUUGUGUUCCGCGGGGCUCCUCCGACUGACUCUUUGGAAGCGUCCUGAAUGCUUUCUCGGGUUCUGCUCUCAUCUGAGAGGUGUCUUCCGACCCAGCUGAGGAGAAAGGUGGCUCAGAACCGCGGGGAGAUUGUCGGGGCUGGUAUUUCACACGGGCUUUGGGCAGUUUGGAAAUGCAAAGCGUUCGCUACCUUCUGUUUGCAGUCGGGGCAGUGUUACAGCAUUUUUUGUAGCAGUGGAUCUUUGGUGAAACGAAAAUCCGUACAACCUGGCUAUUUUCGGAGCGCUUGCAUCGUUAUUAUGGAUUUGCAAAUUCCCGAGUGAAAAUGGCUGUCUGAACAAAAUGUGCAAAAAGGAGAAAGCCUGGAAAGGGAGUCCGUGUGGAGGCUUACACACAAUUUCCGUGCAUUAAAACCUGGAGGAAUACUCAAGUCUGAAAAGUUCAAUCAUGAAUUCUGGAGUUGUCUUGAAAUAUGGAAAUGACUCCUCUGCGGAGCUGAAUGAGUGACAGAUAACUGAAGGCGUGAAAUAACUGCACAGAAUUUAAAGGAUCUGACAGUAUUCCUGAAAACUCCAUUUAGCAGCCCUGGCAUCUCUGAAAGAAGAUAUAAUGGAGCUUAAUAAUCGUCUACAGCAAACAGAAAGAGAAAGGGACCUUUUGGAAAAGAAAUUGGCAAAGGCACAGGGAGAGCAAUCCCAUCUCAUGAAAGAAUAUGAAGAUGUUCAAGAACAAAUGAACCUGCGUUAUGAGGAACGAAUCACGGAACUUCACAGCAUCAUUGCUGAGCUAAAUAAGAAAAUUGACCACCUCCAAGGAACAACAAUAAGGGAAGAAGAUGAGUAUUCAGAGUUUCGAUCAGAGCUCAGUCAAAGUCAACAAGAAGUCAAUGAGGAUUCUCGAAGCUUGGAUCAAGACCAAACAUCUGUUUCCAUCCCUGAGAAUCAAUCUACCAUAGUCACUGCUGACAUGGAUAACUGCAGUGAUCUUAACUCAGAACUGCAAAGAGUACUGACUGGACUGGAAAAUGUUGUCUGUGGGAGAAAGAAGAGUAGCUGUGGUCUCUCAGUAGCUGAAGUGGACAGACAUAUUGAACAGCUCACCACCGCAAGUGAACACUGUGAUUUGGCUAUUAAGACAGUUGAAGAGAUUGAAGGAGUAUUAGGUCGAGAUCUCUAUACCAAUUUGGCUGAAGAGAGAUCUCGAUGUGAAAAAGAGCUGUCUGGCCUAAGAGAGGAAAAUGAAAGCCUGACUGCCAUGCUGUGUAGCAAAGAGGAAGAACUCAACAGGACCAAAGCCACCAUGAAUGCUAUCCGGGAAGAGAGAGACAGGCUACGAAGACGGGUUCGAGAACUACAAACACGCUUACAGAGUGUCCAAGCAGCGGGACCUUCUAGUCCAAGUCAUCUCACCUCUAUUAACCGACCAAUUAAUCCCAGUACUGGAGAGCUGAGCACCAGCAGUAGCAGCAAUGAUAUCCCCAUUGCCAAGGUUGCUGAGAGAGUGAAGCUGUCAAAGACAAGAUCAGAGUCUUCUUCAUCUGAUCGGCCCAUCCUAGGAUCAGAAAUCAGCAGCAUAGGGGUAUCUGGCAGUGUGGCAGAGCACCUUGCCCACUCUCUGCAGGAUUGUUCCAAUAUCCAGGAGAUUUUCCAGACCCUCUAUUCACAUGGAUCUGCCAUCUCAGAAAGUAAAAUUCGAGAAUUUGAAGUAGAGACAGAGAGAUUGAACAGUCGAAUAGAGCACCUAAAAUCUCAGAAUGAUCUGCUAACCAUAACACUGGAAGAGUGUAAAAGCAACGCUGAGAGGAUGAGCAUGCUGGUGGGGAAAUAUGAAUCCAACGCCACCGCUUUGAGACUUGCAUUGCAGUACAGUGAGCAAUGCAUAGAAGCCUAUGAACUCCUGCUGGCGCUAGCAGAAAGUGAACAGUCUCUUAUACUUGGACAGUUCCAAGCAGCGGGUGUGGGAUCUGUUGGGGACCAGACAAGAGAUGAAAAUGUUACCCAGAUGCUUAAGCAUGCUCAUGAUUGCCGGAAGACAGCAGAAAAUGCCGCCAAAGCACUGCUGAUGAAGCUGGAUGGAAGUUGUGGGGGAGCAUUUACAGUCUCUGGCUGCAGCAUCCAGCCGUGGGAGAGCCUUUCUUCCAACAGCCAUACCAGCACCACCAGCUCCACUGCUAGUAGCUGUGAUACAGAAUUCACCAAGGAAGAUGAACAGAGACUAAAGGAUUAUAUUCAACAGCUCAAGAAUGACAGGGCAGCUGUCAAGCUGACCAUGUUAGAAUUGGAAAGCAUCCAUAUUGAUCCUCUUAGUUACGAUAUCAAGCCUCGAGGAGAUAGUCAGAGACUAGAUCUAGAAAAUGCUGUGCUGAUGCAGGAGCUGAUGGCAAUGAAGGAGGAAAUGGCUGAGCUGAAGGCCCAAUUAUAUCUACUGGAAAAAGAAAAGAAAGCUCUUGAACUGAAGCUGAGUACUCGAGAGGCCCAGGAGCAAGCCUAUUUGGUGCAUAUUGAACAUCUUAAGUCUGAGGUGGAAGAACAGAAGGAACAAAAAAUGAGGUCACUUAGUUCCACCAGCAGUGGAAGCAAAGAAAAAUCUAGCAAGGAGUGUAUGGAUGGAGCCUCAUCUGUGCUAUCACUAGCUGACCUGAGAAUAACAUUCAGUGAGAAUGAUUUGGCUGCAGAAGUUACCAAUGCACUGCGACGGGAGAAGAAACUGAAAGCCAGAGUCCAGGAGCUUGUGAAUGCCUUAGAAAGACUGACAAAGAGCAGUGAAAUCCGACACCAGCAGUCUGCUGAAUUUGUUAAUGAUCUGAAAAGAGCUAACAGUAACCUGGUGGCUGCAUAUGAGAAAGCCAAGAAGAAACACCAAAAUAAACUGAAAAAGCUGGAAUCUCAGAUGAUGGCCAUGGUGGAGAGACAUGAAACCCAAGUGAGGAUGCUCAAGCAGAGAAUAGCUCUUCUGGAGGAGGAAAAUUCAAGGCCCCAUACAAAUGAGACCUCACUUUGAAAGGUUUUCAAAGCACCAAAAUUCUGCCCACCAAAGCCAAUCUGGAGGGAAAGACCAGGAGAGUUAAAAUGUACUUGGGGAAAUCUACCCAAGGAAAGGCUGCCAAACAGGAGCAGUAUCUAUUAAGUUGACCUUGAAGAACUUCCCAAGAGACAGUGGUGGUUGACUGCAUAUGUACUAUUGUGCAAAUAAAGGGAAUGUAUUCUUACACUAAGGUCCAGAGAAGAAACUAUCAAUGAUAAAUGCACGUUUCAGGUUUUCCUGGCCUACCAUACCUCACAGGUAACUGAUCCCAAUAGAUUUGUUGUCAGCCUGUUUCCUCUUACCACCCCUAGCCCCCCAAAACCAAACACCUUUGUCUGUCUUGAAGUUACUAUAUAAACUGAGUUUUGUUUUCAAUAAUUUCAAUGUUUUCUCUUUUUUGUCCAGAUAGUGUGCCCAUGUUUAAAUUUUCCCUUAGUUUUCCACCUAAAGGUAGGAAAAGUUCUGACAUAGAUAUGUGGCAGGUGUAUGGUCUUAAGUGCCGAAGGGAUGCUUAUUGAAAUCCUUCACAUUUGAAGUUUAUUUUACAACUUGAGGAUCUCAUCUAAGUGUGCCUUCCUCAUCCUUGAAACUGAGUUGUUGUAUAUGUAUGCCAUCAUUCAAAAUGUGUGUCCUUCACAAAUGACUAGCCCAGAUCCUUUAGUGGAACAGUAUAAACCUGGAGUUUCUGAGAAAUGAAGCCUUUGUGAAACUUCCCUUCAUGAAUUUGGGACUUCAAUUCCCAAAAUGUUGUAUUAUGUGGAUUUCUCAAAAACAAAACAUUUCUGCACUUUUCCAUAUUAAUCCAAAACAUUAAAUAUAAAUAUGUGAUUAUAAGUUGGAAUAAAUACAUUUUAGCAAAGUUGUGUUAAAUGAAGCCGUUUUUGUUAGAACAUGUAGAAUUUCCAGAUCAAAGGAACUUUCUCCAUGUACCCUUGCAAGCAAGGCUUGUGGCCUCUUUACUCAGAGAAAGUAGAGAUAAGCACACAGUGACUAGCACAGUCUCAGAUGAAGAAUGUGUGGGACCUUAAAAAAAAAAUGCAGUUGCCCAUACACUUCUUAGGUUAGAUUUGGAAUUAUUUUGUUUUGUUUUUUCCAGUUGAAAGUUUUCUACUCCCAUCUCAAAUGGGAGUAGAAGCUUAAUGUUUUGACUUACUAACUUUUCUGCCAUUUUAAUUUCAGCUCUUCUGAUUAGCCCUCCUUUAUCAACAUUUUCAACUAAUUUUCACCUAUGAUUUUUAAAGGCCCAAUCUCAAAUUAGCCAAUAGCUAAUUUUGUAAUGGCAACAUAUGAGGUUCUAUCCAAAGCUAUUUAUCAAAUUUUUUUUGGUACUUUCAUACCCGAGUAUAAACUGAAAUUCAUGUAAAUACUGAGUAACUAGGUAACAGAGGCUGAAAUUGGUCUGUAAUUCACCGUAUUGUGAAAAAGUGCAGGAUAUAUAUCUAGUGAAAAAGAAUGUUAAGGUUUUAGCUAUAAUAGAAUUCCACUGAACAAAUAUUAAGCACCUUUACCCACAAUGAAUUAUGCUGCUUGGGAUACCAAAUAAAAUUAAACAAAACAGUCUCUGUGCUCAGGGAUCUUCCAGGGACUAGGCAAUGUAUACAAAUAAGAUGAAAUGCAUUUGUUUUAUUAAAGGAAAACUAUGUCCAUGGUAGGAUCAGACAGGGAGAGACCAUCUUUUUGUUGCUCUAAAAAAAUAAUUAGAACUGGAAGAUUCACAAGACUAUCAGAGCUAGAAAGCAUCUAAGAUUUUCUAUUCCAAACAUCUUAUUUUUGUGGAAAAAUGCAAGUAAAAUGGCUUGCCUACGGUAAAUAGUAGAGCCAGGACUUAAAACCCAUAUCUUUUGCUUUUUUCCUACUACAUGAUAAAGGGAUGAAGUUGACCAUAUUGAGCUGUUUGUUUCCCCAGAGUUGUUGAUUAGAUUCUGAUGAUGACAGGUCAGCAUUAACAGUCCUUUCUAUUCUUUUUAAUAAUAGCUAGCAUUCAUAUGCUUUAAGGUUUGCAAAGUGCUUUACUAGCAUUUUAUCCUCAUAAUAUCCCUAUAGAUGGAAAUUGAGGCAAAAAGAAUUGACUUAUGCAGAUCAAAUAGCUAGAAAAUGUUUGUUUGAGACUUUUGAAUUCAGAUUUUCUGGGCUGAAAUCAGGCCCGGCAUUCUGCCAUUUAACUGCCUCUUUUUAAAUAUACACUAAAGACAUACCACUUUAUUUACUGAAUGAGAAAGUUCUUCCAGGGAAAAAUAGACUAGUGUUGCUUCACAAUUGCGUAAGAAAAUAAAGCACAAGAGAUAAUUUUUCUUUCCUUUUAUUUUUCAAAUACUUGAAAAAAAUAAUUUCCAGCCAAAGCUAAAACUGUAAAGUUCAUUUAAAUAAUUACACACACACACACACACACACACACACACACACACAUAUAUAUUUCAAGGAGUGGUCCAGACUUGCUUUCAGUUGUGUGAAAAGUUGCUCUACUAAUACAGUUCAGCAAUUUCUCUAUCUGUAUUGUACAAUAAAGAAAAGGAUUAAUGAGUUACCCAUGUACUAUAUGCAUAGCCAGUAUGUGUCAAAUGCAGGAAUGGAACCCAUCUUUUCCUUCAAGACCUGCCCUUGCAAUCCUUCCUUUUUCAUGAUUAGAUUUAUUAAAAUACUGACUCUAAACAUUCAUGAAAAUUGUAUUUUAAACUAGGUACAUUUUUAAAAAUUUAGUUAAACAUAAUUUUAAUUGAUUAUCUCUGGUUUGGAUAGGGUAGAAACAAUAGAGAUAAAAGUCUAUGUUACCUUCCAGUUCUAGAAUUCUUUAAUUAUUAUUUGACCAAGAGACUUUUAUCUCCAUUUUUUUCAGGUUCCAAGAGAACUAAUAUCUGUCAGAUAAGUGUGUAAAAACUUUGGAGCCUUUCCCCACCUUGCAAAAAUAUUUUUUUUUCCUGAUGUCAUUCCUCUUUUUUUGAAAUUAAGCUGCCCCUGUCACUUCCUUCACUAUUUUAACCAAGAUGAAGUAGAGAAGCAUGUUUCUUAUUUUGAUAGAACUUUGUUGUAACAAAUAUUUCAAUCUUUUUUUAUUCUUUCUAGUUGUAGGUAAAGAGACGGUUGAGGGAGAGAGGAAUGAGGUGGGGAAAAAUCCUAUGGAACCAGCAAUUUCACUACAGCAAGAGAAAAAUCUUCCUUUAACCCUAAAGUGAAUAAUGCUAAAGCCUUGUUUUUCCCCCCCGAGAUUAGCCUUUUGUACAGACUAGAAUGGUCAAAAAGUGCCUAAUUUUUAUUUGUCCAGUUCAAAAAAAUACCACACAAGAGUUUUUGGUUCUAUACUCUCUGGUUGAUUUUGAUAUACUGUGAAGACCUUUAGUAUAUUAAUUUUAAUAGCCUUUAACACUUUUCUUCCCUAAAACUGGUAUAGUCUUCUGAUGAAAAAGCCUUUCAUGGAACAAAAUUUACCUAAAAAUGUCUUUCUUUCCAGUAUUCACAUGCCUAAAUUUUGCUGCAUGUUUGGUGGUGGAUAUGCCAGUUAACAAACUCAUCUGUUCUCAUUAUAUAACAGACAUCAAAAUAGGUGUCAAAUAAACAUAAUGGUUUAAUUUUUCUUUUAUCUAUCCUGUGUAUGUUCAUAACCUGGGCUUAAUGAGCAGGUUUCUCUGCUCAAACCUAAGAAACUUAUACUCAAUUUAGAGUCCUUUCUUCAAAGCUAUUACAGAAUAUGGAAAAUAUUUUUAAAAACAAGCAAACUUGUUUGAAACUAACUUGAUUUUCCUGGCUACAACCAAUUUAAAUGUUUUUCCUAAAUAAAGUGUCCUUUGUAUUCUUCAGAAAAAAAUAUUUGAGUGUAUCCUCAUAUCGUGGGAACUGUUUUACAAUAUCUUCCUUACAGUAUUUCCUUGAAAGUCACAAAAAAAUUGUCUUAUAAUUCUUUCCAAAUUCCUGCUGGUUCAUUUUUUUUUUUUUUUUUUACACGAGUUAUUUAAUUUUCAAGUUGAUUCUUUUAAAGGAGGGAGAAUGUUUUGGAUAAGUGGAACUUUUCAAACUCUUCAUUUUUUUGAUUUUCUCUGGUAGCUGAGUUUUGCAAAUAGUUAUGUUAGAAAAGCCAAUUCCUUGUAUAUGAACCUAAAAAUAAAAUCAUUUGUAAACAUUAAUUAAAAAAGGGACUGAUUAAUGCUUUAUCCUGUUAAUGCAAAUAUUAUCUAUUAAUUCCAUGAGUUAGCCAGUUUGGGGUUCUUUUGGUUGUUGUUUUUGCUGUGAAAUAAAGUGUUUAUUGCUAAAAGUCUCUUUUAAAUAGAUCCAAAUAAGUUGACUUAUUUUUUGAAGUAUUUCUUUUAUUAAAACAUACCUGUGCGCAGACAGGUCAACUUAUAAGUGUAAGGUGUUCUCCCAAGAGCAAUUUUGUUCUGUAAUCACUUAUGUUUAAUAAGUUAUUCUAAUAUCACAAAUACCAAUCUCCACAUUUACAUUUCAGUUACAGUCUUUAAGAUUUUAGAUACUCCAUUUAGACUUCUUGUGUUUGUUCAUUCAUCUUUCUGUUACAGGAUCUAGGAACAUUUAUAUAUGUUUAAGUAAAUGCUCUUAUGUGCAGGUACUCUGAGUAAAGUGUUAUUGAAAAUUAAACCUCUGAAAUAAAUAUAUAUAAGUAAAAUUAUGAAACUUGGCCAUCAGUUGGAGGUGUGUGAUUCUCUUAACAAUGAAUACAACUUAAAUGCACUUAGGAAACAUUAAUAAAGGUCUUGCUUAAUAAGGACCAUGAAUAUGAAUCAUAAAGUAGUAGCUCAGCAGAACAGAAUUAGGUCCAUAGCACCUCUGAAUAUUAACUGGAGUGCAUGUAGACAAAUCUAGAGUUGUUACAGUUGCAGCAACUGGUAUAACGAUGUUUUGCUAGUGGGAAUAUGUAAAGUUCAUUUCAUCUUCAUUGCAGUCAUUCAGAAAGUCACAAAGCAAAACCUCUUAUCAAUCUUACCUAAUGUAGCAUAAUUAUACUUAUUCACUCAUUUAUUCCAAAGAAAACUUUG